UUACGUACAUAUCUGUUUUAAACCUGUUUAUAUUGCUAUGAUAAGUAUUAAAUUUAUCUGUGUGUGUGUGCCUUACGGAUAUUUAUCUUAUUAUAUCAUAGUAAGAGGAUAGCGAGCGUCUCAUCACUGCGAUGGAGUGCCAUCUGUGCAUCUUUCACAGUAGUGUCGCUAAUAGAAGGUACGUCGAUAAGAAACCUCCUUUCUUCGCUCAACAAUAUAAACUCGUCCGUCUGUCGCGUGUAUGUUGUGUCACACGAAAUACUUACCUGAUAUACUUACCGCAGAUAAAAUAUAAAGCAACGUGCCUAUUUCAAGUAACUACAUAUUUCAAAUUUAAAUUAUAUUUACAUUCAGAUACACCUACCAACGCGUAUUCGCAUCGCAAUCACAGCCGCCAUCUCAAUCAAAGCCUCAUUCCCGCGACCGAGAGCGCUCUUCGAGUCAAAUCAGCGGCAACUCCGUGGCGACUCGGCGACACCCGGGCGCGCCCGCUCAGCAAUUCCCAAAAUUCGAGAUACCAAUUUCCCGAGAUCCCCCGAAGAUUUCCCGCGACCCAAUCUCAAGUUCCCCAAUUAUCUCGACCGCUCUUUUGACCUCGGCCGCCAGCGCGCGCGCGCGCGAGAAUUCAAACGGCUCUCGCGCCGAGGAUCGGACUCGCCUGGCGGCCGCCAGACGGCGCGAGGAUCGCGGCUCGCCGCCGUCCGGUCGAUAAACGACGGACGGAAGGGUGUUCGGAGGCGCUCUCUCGGGGACCUCUCGGAGCUGGUGGGAGCCGUCGUGCCAGCCGCAGCCACGAGAGAAGUGUAGUCUUCGCGGCAGAGACGCGCGUUACGCGGUAUGCCGCGCGAGAUCCCGCCACGAGGACGACGAGAACGCCGAGGCCGACGGCUCGCGCAAUAAUCGCCCGGAGGAUCGCGGCGAAUUCCCGACGGGGAGCCGCCCGCCCGCGCGCGCGCGCGCGCGACACAGCGGGUCGUCGUCGAAACAUGCGUCCGCUGCGGGUCGGCGAGAACGCGACAAUCGAGGAGUCACCUACUACGGGGAACUGUCAGGGAGAUCAUCGUCAUCACCACGACCACCACCAUCAGCAUCAUCACCACCACCACCACCGCAGCGAACAACAUCGCCGCCGACGCCGCCACCACCGCCGCGCUUGAGUCAGUGCGUGAUCGGACGGAGGCGACGCACGCAAAAUGGCUUCGGGCGAUAAUGUGGACGUGAUCGAGGUGGUCGAGACGAGUUUUUCCGGGUCGGCGCCACCCAUGCUGGAUCACCGGGCGGAGCAGUCCGCCGAGGAGGACUAUAAGUCGAGCGGAGAAAAAACAACGGCAUUUGACAGCUCAGUAGUGCAACAUGGCAUCACAGGUGGCAAGGCCCCCGUGGGGGUAUCGAGAAACAAAUCGGAACGGGAAAGAAAGAUCGGCCAUCGGAGAGUGGGUGUGGGUGGUGAAAUCACGUAUAAGAAGAUCCAAACCACACAGAUCAUGGGAUCGAUCCAGUUGGGCAUACAGCACGCGGUCGGUGGUCUUGCGAGCAAGCCCGAGCGCGACUUGUUGAUGCAGGACUUCAUGACAGUGGAGACAACGAACUUUCCCAGCGAGGGAUCGAAUCACACUCCGGCCCACCACUUCUCGGAGUUCAAAUUUAAGAACUACGCGCCCAUUGCAUUUCGUUACUUUAGGGAUCUCUUUGGCAUUCAACCGGACGACUUUUUGAUGUCGAUGUGUAGCGCGCCGCUGCGUGAGUUGUCGAAUCCUGGCGCUAGUGGGAGUAUCUUUUAUCUAACGGAGGACGAUGAAUUUAUCAUAAAGACUGUACAACACAAAGAAGGCGAGUUUUUACAGACUCUACUUCCAGGAUAUUACAUGAAUCUGAAUCAGAAUCCAAGAACAUUGUUGCCAAAGUUUUUUGGAUUGUAUUGCUAUCGGUGUAAUAGUAAGAAUGUUAGGUUAGUGGCUAUGAAUAAUCUUCUACCCUCGUCCGUAAAAUUGCAUCAAAAGUAUGAUCUGAAAGGAUCGACGUACAAGAGAAAGGCAUCGAAAUCAGAGCGCUCGAAGUCUUCUCCGACGUACAAAGACCUGGAUUUCAUCGAACACCAUCCCGAGGGGAUCUUUCUAGAAGCCGAUACGUACGGCGCGCUGGUGAAAACUAUUCAGCGCGAUUGUCGCGUGUUGGAGAGUUUCAAAAUCAUGGAUUACUCGCUGCUCGUCGGGAUUCACAAUCUCGACCAGGCCGCGAAGGAAAAAGCUCAAGAACAAAGAUUAUCGGCGAGCGCCGAUGAGGAAGGGGAAGGCGAAAGUGGCGGAUUCAUUCACGUCGAGAGGGAAAAAGAGAGGGAGGACAGAAUAGGCGCCGCCGCUUUGAAUCGAUCACGCAGUAUAAACCGUCAAAGGUUGGUUGCUCAUAGUACCGCGAUGGAGAGUAUUCAGGCUGAAAGCGAGCCGAUAGACGAAGAGGAUGAUGUACCUUCAGGCGGCAUUCCUGCCAGGAACGCACGUGGUGAACGUCUCUUAUUAUUCCUUGGCAUUAUCGACAUUCUGCAGAGCUACAGGCUGAAGAAAAAGCUCGAACAUACGUGGAAAUCAAUGAUACACGACGGAGAUACCGUAUCGGUUCACCGACCAGGAUUUUACGCGCAACGCUUUCAAGACUUUAUGGCCAAGACAGUAUUCAAGAAAAUACCGUCACUGGACCUGCCUGAGAUUAAGGGGAAUCACCGCAAAUUCCGUAACCUCGUCACCAGCUACAUAGCCUUGAAACAUUCCCCGUCGAAGAGGAAAAGCAUCACCAGACCGCUGAGGCCGUUGGACGGUGACUUCGACUCGACCGCGGUGGCGGCAACUGGAGGUUCGACAAUGCAUGCUACAUCACCCACGAAAGCCGCAGUUAGCCCACCCGAUCCUGCGACCACGAACACGGCGGUCUCGAGCGGCUCGGUGCCGAUCGCCACCUCGACACCGGUUAACCUUGCCGCCGGUCCGCUGAGCCCACCCCCGUUGACCUUGGCCGCCGGUCCGCAUCGUGACGAGCAUCCGCCGGGGGUCACCGCCGCCCCCACGGUCAAGGUCACGAGUUACCCGGCCGUGCUGAAGGGCAGGAGCGCGGCCAGUCCGCCGAAUCCGAACCUGGUGCCGUCUGGCAAGGUGCCACCGCCGGUGCCGCCGCGCGGCACCGGCUCCUCGAGGGCCGCGAGGUCCUCCGAGGAGCACCGCGCGGCAGCCUCGACCACGUCGUCGGUGACUUCCAGCCGAGGUGGCACCCUUCCUUCCACCUGCUCCACCCCGCCCCCGCCCUUUGACGAUGCAGUCCGCUCGAAUGACCAAACCCUGGCUUCCGGUGGUCACCUUCAGCAAGGCGGCGCGACCACCAUCCUCGCGAGCAGCCUGACCUCUGCUCAUUCCAAACAAAACAAGGUCGUUCAUCACGUUACACUCACCAAGGCGUACCAUCACGACACCGUAAGCAUAUCGGACGUGCAUUUGGAAAGCAGCGGUAGCGGCAGCGGCAGCGGCGGCAGGGAAACCAAGUCGUCGUUGAGCGUCGAGAGCGGCGGUAGCAGCCGCGGUGGCGGCGGUCUCACGUGGACACCGCCGGCCGGAAGCGCCGAGGGCUCGACACCCACGUGGACCGAAGGCACGCCGUCCUUCACCGAGAGCUCCAGCAGCGGCGACAUCGGUUGCCCGACCACGCCGAUCAAGGGUAAUCAACGGCAGGAUGACGGCGGAAGGAUCGCGGCCACUGUCGAGGAGGCGUUAGCGAGUCUCACCACCGAGAUGGAGAUACUGCAGCGCGAGUGAAAUUGCACGACUCUCGGUCCCUCCGCACACUAAUCUCCGUCACUUCGUGCGCAACGUGCAACGUGGGUGAUGAUCUGCAUCGUCGUAAAUGACGAGUCUCCGAGAGAGAAAGAGAGAGAGAGAGAAAGAGAAUGAGAGCGUAUGAGUGAGUGAAUGAAUGAAUAUACGAAGGAGAAGUAAAAUGAGCACGGAUAGCGAAGUGUGUAUAUGUGUGUGUGUGUGUGUGGAUUAACCCUUGAUUGGUCGCGUUAGAGCGGAUCGCUAAUCACGCCUGGUGUCGUGUACGCUUCUAACAGGCGCUUAACAACGGCGACUUUGCUUUGCAAAUUUUUGUAUUCGUCUUCGUAGCGGUGUGGGUGCAAAACGCAUUCUCUAACUCUCGCGCGGGAGACGCUUUAAUUCGCCCGGAAUUCUUGUGUUCCGUCGCCUCCCGUCAUCGUUAUUCCGUUGUAUAACGGUGUCUCCUAAUUAUCUCCAAUCCAAAUGCAUCUCCCAAUUCUCUCUUCUCGUCUUGAUUUCCCGCUCUUCAGUUACUCGGAUUACGCGUAGUCAGCUUGAUACGCAUCGUGUAUAGUUUUCGUUGAUUACUCGAUACUCAUUCGAGAAGUUUCUAAAAGACACUCCCCGCGAACAUACACCGAUUCGCCGUCGCGCUCGCAUUUUGGUCUCUUUACCCGGCCACUUUAUCGCAUGACUACUUAAGGGUUAAAAAGCGCGGCGAAGUAACUUGAUCGAGGAUCGAGGCGAAUACACGCGUGUUAUCUGCCCGCCUGCCUUCCUUGGAUCGAGAUCGCAAUAAUAUUAUAUCAGCUCUGACGACGCGCUCCUCUUUCAUUCGCGGUGAAAAAACGUUUGUACUUAACGCGAUUUUCCGCCGUUAUUAACUGAGACGUUCGUCUCGAUCCGCGGCUUCGCGUAUUAAUUCGUUUUCAACGUGGAUAAUCUGUGCACACGCAUCUACACACACAUACACACACACACACCAUACAUAUAUAUAUAUUGAGCGUGGGGCGAUUAUCUCACUCGAGCGUGUUUGUCAGCGACGUCGCGGCAACACCUUCGACAUAUGGGCAUCUUUAAAUCUUCCUGAGUACAGGAGAGUCAAUAUCAUUAUAUAGUUACAUAUUUAACAAGAACGUGAUAAUCGUCGGCCUACAGUACUCGAUAACGCUUUCGACAUUGUCCGAGACCGAGCUCGGGAAGUGUGUGAAGUGCCAUUUUUCUAGCGUAAAGGUUUUUCACGUGAGAAGAAAUGUCGCCUUUCCAUUUACCUCAGAACAAGACUGAUCACAGGCGCGUUUAUCAAUUCUUUUCCCGCCAUAUAUAUGGCGUACGGAGCAAUAAGAGACUAAUUUCCGAUCGUGUGAUUCUCAGUAGGAAUGUUGAAAUUCUACUAAAAUUUCCGAAGAACCUUGCGUGCAUUUAACGCGGUAUUGAGCAGUUAUUUGUCGAGGAAAUAACUUGAUCUUUUUUUUCCAUUCUCUCAGCCGCAUUCGAUCUUUUUUCCGUGGCGCCGCUUUAUAUUCUAUCGAUGCCGAAAUAAUUAAGCACUUCGCAACCCCUCAAAGCCGGAAAUAUAUUCUGCGCGAAAAGUACACGGAACAAAAAAAUCUGAUUGCGUUAACCAGAUAGGGAACAUCAAUCGACGCGUUCUGGUUGAAGGCAGCAGAAUUUCUCGUCCUUACGACUCAAAUGUAGUUCUUAUAACAAAAAAUUCUAUUUCCUUCGACCAAAAUAUAUCCGUUCCCUUUCUGGCCGGUACAAUCGGACUUUUUUUCCGCGCGAGAAAAAUAUUUUUAAUAAUGAACAUUCUAAUAAAAGUAAGGAAUUUAGUUUACAUUGAAACAAUAAUUGUUGAUAAUCGUGAAAUCGAGAAUCGUGGCGAGUCGACAACACGCGAGGAGGGGUUGCGGCGGUCGAGAAAUGGCAUUUUAUACACUUCGCGGCCGUUUUCGCGCGUAUCUACCGCUCGCACAUAAUUCAUGCGUAUUUUCCUAAUCGAGUCUCAUCGCCGUCGAUAAACCGAUAUUUCGUUCGUAAGUUUCGCACGCUCGCGCGAGCGAGCGGGCGGGCAGCGUAAAAAGGCGAAAGAUGGCCGUGCAACACGGGACAAGUUCGUCGCUGUACGCGACUUGGUUACACGGCGACGCUGGAGAAGCGGCUGUAAAUAAAGUAAAUUGCUUGCGCAUAGUUCGGCUAGAAGAGGGCCCGCGAUUCCUUUUCAAUUGCGAUAUAUACAUAGCUAGUGUGUCAUAUGUACUUGUAUCUAUAUGUGUCUCACGUUUUGUCUGUCUCUGUAUGUAUGUAUCCAUAUAUACAUACGCAAUUAUGUACACAUACGCGCGACGCGCGUGUGUACCGUGUAUACAUAUUAUAAAUACGACGACGUGCGUGUUCUCGCAAUGAUCGAACGUCUCUCGAAUCGUUCCUCCCCCCGCGAAUUCCGAUGAACUUCGGAUCGUUUCUCGGCAAACGGGAGAAAAAUGCGAGGGAAAGGUAAAGUAAAGAACGUGGGUUUUUCCGUACUUUGCUAUCUCCGACUUGACGAGCUCGUGGAACCUCAGGUGAAUCUGAUAUAUUCACACGGGGAAGAAAGUUUGGUUGAAUUUACUCGACAACGAACGAGUGUGACACUUUUAAUCGAAGAAAACAGAAUUUCUGGUUAUGAGAACCAAAUAUAGUUCACAAGAAUCAGAGAUUCUGUCUCCUUCGACUAAAACGCUUUUUCUCCACUGUCUGAUAGGUUCAACUAAACCUUUUUUCCGUGCGGCAUAUCACGGCGAUCAUAACGUGUCAGAAGGUAAUCGGAACAGAAGAACGCUUGACAUUCCGUAAAAUAUCUCGACGUUCUUCC